AUGAGUUUCGAUCCAGAUCAAAUUUAAAACUAUCAAUAGUAAAGGAUUAUGAGUGCAAUCAAUUGUUAAUUAAUAGAGUUUACAAGUGAUUAGACUAAAUAAAAAUUUUAUAUUAUACAUGGAAAAAUAAAUUAAAAAGUUUAAUUUAACGAAUAAUUAUAUGAGUUUAUAGCAAAGAAUGAAUGCUUUAACUUGAUUUCAAUAACUAAUAAGAUUAACAGAAAUGAUGAAAUUUUUAUUUAAAUAGAACAAUGCGAUUUCACAUUAUAUUAAUAUAUGCUAAACAGAAAAACUCAUUAGUUUUCUACAGAAGAAAUUUAUGAUAUAUUAAGUUAGAUUAUAAAUGCAUAUAUGCAUAUGAGCAAAUAUACAAAAAAAUUUUUAUAGUUAAAUCCUUCCAGCAUAUUAGUGAGGAGAAUAAAAAACUAAAAAAUAUUAAUAAAGAUAUUUAUUGAUUUCUUCUAGAGUGAUUAGCAAUCAGCCUCGAAUUUUACUCAUUAUAAAGCUCCAGAAGAAUUAAAUACUCCUUAAAUUCUUUCAUAAAAAACUGAUAUUUAUGUGGUAAGAUAAUCAAUAUCCUUUAGCUUGGAAUUAUUUUAUAUUAAUUAUGUUACAACAUGAAAAGACCAACAGAAGGAAUUAACAAUUUAAAUGACCUAAAAAAAUUUUAAGAUGAUUUAAUUAAAAAAAAAUUCUCAGAAUAGCUUGAUUAAUAUGAUGAAGUUAAUUAAUUCUUAAAAAAAUUGAUAGGACAGAUGAUGGAGUAUAAUGAGUACAAUCGAAUAACUUGGUAAUAAUUAUCAAUGCACAACAAUUUGUAACUUAAUUUCUUCCUUUUAAAAAAUAAAUACUAUAUCAAUUUUAAUUAAUAACUUGGUCGAGGUUCUUAAGGAGUCACUUAUUUAGUUGAAAAUUUGGAAACAAAUGAAUGUUUAUGUGCUAAGAAAAUUGACACUACUUAAAUAGAAGGUCAAAGGGAAUAAGAAAUUUAUGAAAAAUUAAUUAAAUAAAAACAAAAGAAUAUAAAUGUCAUUGAGAUUUUUGAUAUUAUUGAAACUUCAGACUAAAAAUAAACAUUUCUAAUUAUGGAGAAAUGCGAUUCAAAUAUUGAAGAAUAUUAUAAAUAGAAAAAAAGAGAACUUAGAGAUGAAGAAAUUAUGGAUAUUCUCAGGCAAAUUGUAAAUGGUUAUUGUUAUUUAAAAAAAUUAGAAAUAAUUCAUAGAGAUUUAAAACCUUAGAAUAUUCUUGUUAAAUAUGAAAAUAAUACUCCCAUUUUUAAGGUAAUAAUAUAUUUAAAUGUAUUAGAUCAUAGAUUUUGGUGUUGGAAAAAUUAUUACUAAUUAAGAUAUAGCAGUCACUGUUGCAGGAACACCAAUAUUUUCUGCUCCAGAAGUUAUCGAAGGAAGACAAUAUGAUUAUUAAUGUGAUAUCUUUUCAGUACUUUUUUCUAUUAUUUUAGCUUGGAACCAUUCUAUAUUAUUUAAUUUAUGGAGAAUUCUAUUUAAACGUUUCAUCUUUAGAAGAACUAAAUAGAAAGUAAUAGCAAUUUAAAUAUAAUCCUUUAAAAUGUCCUUAAACUAAAAAAACUUUAAAUAAUGAGCUAAGUGAUAAGUUCAAAUAGUUAAUCGAAAAUAUGACACUUUAUGAUCCUUAAAAGAGAAUAACUUGGGAAAAAUUAAACUAAGAAUUAAAUUAAUUCAAUUUUAAGAAUCAAUAAAAUGAGAUUUAGGAUUAGUUGGAAAAUUAAGGGAAUUUGAUUUAAUUAAAAAAAAAAAACUAAAAUCCUAAUAUUAAGAUUUAUGAAUAAAAUUAGUAAGUACAUUAAAAUUCAAUAGAACAAGAUCGAAAUCUCAAUUUGAUAGUUAAUUAGCAAAAUAAAAUUAAUGUGUAAUUGCCAAAGAUUUAAAAUAUAAACGAGGGUGAAAACUAAUACUAAUAGGUAAAGCAUCUCACUAAUGUUUAAAGCUUUUAGGAACCAAAACAUAUAAUACAUAUUUAAAAUCAAGAAAUCAAUUAACCUUAUGAUUAUGAAAAAAAUUAAAAAAACCAUUUAAAAAUAAUUUCUUAAUAAAAUGAAAAUCCUUAAUAAUUAUAAUCUGUAAAUCAAAAUUAACAAAUCAAAAUUUUAUAUUAAAAUCAAAACAACUAAAUGCAGAAUUCAGAUAAAAGAUCCAAUUAAAAUUAGAUACAAGAGGGAUUUAGGAUGCCAUCGGAAAAUUAGCAUCGAAUUUAAUAAAACUAGUUAUUUGAAUAUUAAGUAUAAUAAUAAUAAUAAAACUUAUAUUAAUAGCAAUAAUAAUCAUAAAAAUCACAAUAAUAAUCAAUAUAAUAGCAAAAUCAAUAACAAUAACAAUAACAAUAAUAAUUCUAUUAAUAAUAAUAACAAUAUUAUUAAUAAUAAUAAUAAUACUAUUAAUAAUAAUAACAUUAAUAAUACCAAUAACAAUUAUAAUAAUAACAUUAAUACUAUCAAUAAUAACAAUAAUAGCAAUAAUAAUAAUAGUAACAAUAAUAAUAAUAACAAUAACAAUAACAAUUAUAAUAAUAAUAAUAAUAAUAAUAAUAAUAAUAAUAAUAAUAAUAAUAAUAAUAAUAAUAAUAGCAAUAACCAAAAUAAUAACAAUAAUAACAAUACUCUUAAUAAUAAUAACAAUAACAAUAUAUAGAAUUAAUCGAAAUUAAUGACAAUAUUGAAAAUCCAUAGUUAGAUGCUUAACUUAAUGAUCAGAUUGAAUAAUAAUAUAUUACUAUAGGUAAUACCCCUAGAGAUAGUGAUUUAGAUUUUCAAAACACUGUACAACUGAUAUAAUAAUAUCCAGACUAAAUGGAUAUAAUUUUAUAUGUGUCUUGCUUUCUUGCUACAAUUUAAAAUGCUAUAGAAAAGUUGCAAUAAGCAGAAAAAUCAGAUCACAAAAUAAUUUUAGAAUUUUUUUUGAGAAAUUGUGAAAUUUCUUGUUUAGAGGACAUAAAAGUAUUAAAAGAAAAAUAAUAUAUAUUUUUGGAUGGGCAUAUAAUAUAUGUAAUUUCAAAUGAUGUAUUAUCACAAGUAAGUCUUGAGUAUUUAAAUAAUUAAAUUAAAAAGAUAGAAUCCAAAAGUAUAUUAUCUGAAAUUUAUUAAACGAUAAAAUCUGAAAUAUUCCGAAAAAAAUUCUGUUAUUUAAAUCAAUUUUUAUAAAGAAAGAAAGAAGAAUAAUAAAUUACUUGUUAUGACACAAUUGUUUAUUUUCAAGAAGUUUUUCACCAUCUAAAUUAAAUGAAAGAUAAGAGCAUAAUUAAAGAAGAGAUAUUCUAAUCAUUAAUAAAAGUAGAUGAAUUUAUUAAGAAAUUUUAAGUAAAAAGAUUGGAUAAAUUGAAUAAAAAUGAUAUGAUAAAUUUUUAAUGA